CUCUUCAUACGCGGAAAUAAGCAAACACCCUUUGCUUCUCCCCACCAGACCCCCUCAGUAACAAGCAGAAAUGGCCAAGCGUACCAGAAAGGUCGGAGUCACCGGUAAAUACGGUACCCGCUACGGUGCUUCUCUCCGUAAGCAAGUCAAGAAGAUGGAAAUCACCCAGCACGCCAAGUACACCUGCACCUUCUGCGGCAAGGACUCUGUCCGCCGCCAGGCUGUUGGUAUCUGGGAGUGCCGUGCCUGCAAGAAGGUCCUGGCCGGUGGUGCCUGGACUGUCGGUACCACUGCUGCCGCCACCAUCCGCAGCACCAUCCGUCGUCUCCGUGAGCUCGUCGAGUCCUAAGCGGUUCGAUGGCUUGAUAAUUCCGAUGCCCGCUGUUCUGUUUGCCUUACUGGAGAGUGAGCAAUGGAGUUGUGUACAUUUCAUUGCGUAGUAUUGUUCGAAUAUAUAUCUCGCAAUACCAGCUUCUGGUGACAAGCA